UGCGCGGUGUUAGCAGUAGAUUGUGAGCUGGUUAUCAGUCAGACUUCCCGUUACAGAACGCUGCUUUCGGACACCACUGCUUUGUGUAAUCAGUGUGUAGAAUGCAGGCAGACCGGACUCCUGAACUGACAUGUUUUAUUACCGCUUUAUGUUUAGGGUUGAGUUAAUAAACCUCAGAGACACACACACAGAGAAGCGUUAGCUUAGCCUAGCUCACGUUAGCUUAGCCUAGCUCACGUUAUCCAAACAGCCGGCUGUGUCUCAAAUCUGUUUAACACUUUUUUUUUUUUUAAAAAACGAGGAUUUAACUUUUUAUCCUGAAUCAUGGGAGUCUGGCGAAAAGACCCAUAAGGUACAAGGUCUUGGCUUUUUGAUCACCGUGGAGACGCCAUGGAGCCAGACGUAAUCCACAUGUACUCGUCCUCUCCUCCACCCUUGGAGGAUGGUGCCGACGAGGACGACGACGAGUUCAGUGACUUCACUGGCGUUCCCAACAGCGUCAGCUUCACAGAAUUUGAGACACCCACCACGUUCAAUCAGCUGCAGGCACUGAACGCGACAUCGCCCCCAGAGUUGAUUAGUAACGGGCGAGUUGUUGGACUUAACGGACCAGCGGUAUCGAAUGGCGGCCAAGGGGAUGCCCCGGCUUGCAGGACUGUCAGCGUGGACGAGCUCAAAAAGGUUACAGAACGUCCACAUGGGGCUUACACAAACUUUUCAGACUUUCCGGGAAAUGCCAGGACAGGUAGUGAUGCUGUGGACUGCAAUGGAAGAGGUAGCGAAGUUCUCACGAAUGGCUUUGCAAAUGUUGGCACAGAGGGAACUCCUCCCUCACCCCACAUACACAGGGAAAUGGGUCCCUCGGGGGGUGACUGUCCCGAUGCAGUUAUCAGUGACAAUGAGGAUUUUGCAGAUUUUGCUGCUUUUUCAAAUGCUGACGUUCCCAGUGACCCUGACAGUAUUGCGAACUGGGAAAAUUCAAACCAUGACGUGAGACUAGCACAAGACGACCACCCGCAAAGAGAGGAAAAUCAUGAAGCGGUGGACAAUGACGUGGACAAUUGUGUAACAGGGUUUGCCUCAUUUGCAGAGGCUUCAGAUCACCUUAGCAAUGGAGAUGGGUUUUUCUAUGCGAGAAAGAGUAAUGGACAAAGGGAACAGGACACUGAGCCUGCAUGUCAGGACUCAAAUACUACUGAGUCUGUUAGCACAGAGCAACGGAUAUCGCAGAAUGGUGGGGAGCAGGAUGGUUUGGAUGUUAAAGAAAGGAUGGAUAACAGGGUGUCCCCAGUCUCCAUGGAUGAAAGAGGUAGCAACAGUGAGCCGACGGAAGAGAAGGUGUCUGGGAACGACACGGAAACAGAGACCGAAACCGAGACAUCUUUUGGUCGGCCUCUAUCCACGGAAGCACUCGAGGAAUUCGGGGAUUUCAGUACGACAGGUUCAGUACCUUCACCUCCACUACAGGAAGAGACAGCCACUCCUGCUGACCAUAGCCAGCUGGCUGAAGAUGAUGAUGAUGAGGACUUUGGCGAUUUUGGUGACUUCGGGGAUGCCAGUUCCUUUGGAGGUGCUGGCUUUGCUGAUUUUGACAAUCAGGGGGCAGCACCAUACACUGCACCUUCGGAAUCGAUCAAACCUUCACAGAGCCAAAACAAUCCGGAAACCGUGUGCGCUGACAAGGAUGAGUUUGGUGACUUCGAUGCGCACGGACAACCUGGCAAGACAGCGCAAGACAGAGAGGAGGAGGUGGAGACCGCUGAGUUUCCGGUUAGUGACAGUUUUGCUGACUUUACUGCAGCACCCGUUGAUGGUGAUGCUGACGAUAAUGGGGGGUGGCAGGCGUUUGGUGGGUCAAGCAAGGAUGCGGGGGUGUCAUGGGCAACAUUCAGCCAGGACCAGGGCUCGAACUUUUCAGAGAAGAGCGAAGACGACUGGCACGAAAGCCGACCUGUUACAGCACCAUCUACUGGCAUCGAUGAAGAAUGCAGGAAAAACAGCUUUACGGUGUCUCUUGUCAGCAGGUUGGAGAAGCUUUUCCUGGCCAGUUUUCUGGAGAUCUCCUUUCCUCACGUAGAGGAGGACGUGCCCCCUCUUACAGCUUACCUAGAGCCGUGCGAAGGAGGAGAAAAGCAAGACAACCAGCCAGCACCAAUCAGUAGAGGAGUGCAGGGCGUGUGGCUGCAGCUGCAGGACAUCCACAGUGCCUUUGGUCUGAGGUAUCAGUGGGGCGGCUCACACAGUAACAAAGCUCUGCUCUGCUCACUGGGCAUCGACACGCGGAACAUACUGUUCACAGGUCAGAAGAAGCAGCCCGUUAUCGUACCCAUGUAUGCAGCAAGUCUGGGAAUGCUGGAACCCACUAAAGAGCCGGUGAAGCCUGUUUCUGCCGCCGAGAUGAUCGCCUCCAUAGCGCAGUCUCCCUCUGUUUCCACAGAGAUGAGCACCUGCCCCACCGACGCAGCACAGGACUCCCUCCCACCGGUGCAGUUUGACUGGAGCAGCAGUGGCCUUACAAACCCUUUGGAUGCGAGUGGAGGUUCGUCUCUGCUGAAUCUGGACUUUUUUGGCCCGGUGGACGAGUCACCCUCCAGUACCACUACCUCCAUACCAGGUGUCGACCCUGAGCUGUACGAGCUGACCCAGGCUAAGCUGGACGUUAGCGGAGGCAGCAGCAGAGUAGUGGAUGCGUUCGCUCGCCUCAUGUCCACUGUGGAGAAGACCAACACGUCCACCAGGCGGGUGCAGACGCAGAAGGAGGAGAACCUGAGUGAAGAGGCUCGGCGUGUCAUCUCCAUUCUGCCUGAUCUCUCCUUCAUGCAGGCCAAAGUGCUAAUGUUCCCCUCCACACUCACUCCUCUUCCUCUCUCCUCCUGUUCCUCCAUAUCCCCCUCUCCCAUCCCAGACUGAUCCCUCUCUCUCUCUCUCUCUCUCCCCACCUCACACUGUCUUUUGUCUUUGGUUCACUUUAGCUCAGCCUGUUGGAAUCACUUUGUUUGUUGUGUGUAACUGAGCGUAGUGGAGCAGAGUGUUCAGUAUCUAGAGGAGAGGAGCAAUCUGUAUUGGGGAUGCACCCGUCCUGUUAUCUCACGAUGAUCUACAAGCCUGAUCAUGUGACUGCUCCCAGUGUUCACCCAGUGUUGGGUAGCUCUCUGUCAGACCUGACCAUUGGUUUUAAAUCCAGGGUCUCACACACGUACACAAACAAACUCUUCCUGUCCUUUUUUUUGUCAGUUUGUGCUGCACGUCUCAUUUUGAUGUUACCAAUCAGUUUUUGCCCCCUCUUUAGUGCCCUAGACUUCUAUCAUGUCCCUGAACCCAGCACUUAACUCUACACUGGUACAGCUCUCUUACUGAUCCACAUAGCUGAGAUAAUCUGUCUGGCCCCGCUGUCUGGCCCCACCCCCUUAGCUGUAUGGAUUAGUCUCUCUGGCCCCACCCCCUUAGCUGUAUGGAUUAGUCUCUCUGGCCCCACCCCCUUAGCUGUAUGGAUUAGUCUCUCUGGCCCCACCCCUUAAGCUAUCUGGAUGAGUCUGUCUGGCCCCGCCCCCUCAGCUAUGUGGAUUAGUCUGUCUGGCCCCGCCCCCUCAGCUAUGUGGAUUAGUCUGUCUGGCCCCGCCCCCUCAGCUAUGUGGAUCAGUCUGUCUGACCCCACCCCUUAAGCUAUAUGGAUCAGUCCUUCUGGCCCCGCCCCUUACGUUUCUGGUGCAGUUCGCUUGUUUCUGGUGCAGAGUCUUCUCUUGGACAUACAGCAGCACUCAGUAUCAGAUCGGUGCAUCCCUAAUAUCUCCAGCAGAGUUCUCUUCAUUCUAGAGGUUCAGCGUGUAUAUAAUCAGGGAUAAGACUUCUUUUCCAUUCUAGGUUUUGUUUAUGGUUCAGUAUGUUUCCGUGUGUGUGUGUGUGUGUGUGUGUGUGUGAGAGAGUAUGUUAAAUAUCAUUUUGCUGAGGAAACACUGGUUAAAAGUCCUUCAACGAAGGCAAAUAGUGACAUGAAAUCAAUGAAAGAUAUACGUAAUAGACUUGAAACCAUACUGCCUGCAAAAUUCUGCUGGUUUUUUUUUUUUUUUUUUUAAUCAGUUUGAAAGGCCUUAGGUUUUAAUCAUUUUAGUCAAUAUAAUUAUGGGUAUAAUUAACGUUUAGUUCAGAGCUUUGGUUAGUUAGAACUGUGUUUUUUUUUUUUUUUUUUUGGGGGGUUUAACACGUUCACUGUAUCCGGCACGUGUCUGCGUUCUGUCCGUCACUGCAGCUUUUAUUAUCGCUGUUGUUUUAAACUCUUAAAGGUGAAACCACUGUAAUGUGACCCAUGUAAUGAAGGAAUCAUCAUGAUUGACUUGAAGUACUUUAGCCAAUAAGGGACCAAUAGUAUACGUUUACCUUUUAAUUUAGCGUCUUAAACACCCUCGCUCUGGCCGAGCAUCAUGGGAAAUGUGCACAAAAACUGUUCCUUUACCUGUUUUUUUUUUUUCUUCUUCUAAUUUCUUUCGUGUUUCAUUCCCCCACUGUGUGUUGUCCUGUCUGUCUGUCUGUCUGUCUGUCUGUCUUUCUGUGUGGAAUUUUGCACAUUGUAAAGCUGUAAUGGAAGUACUACUAAAAUCAUGUAGGUGUACAGUAAGACUGUGGAAAAUGUACAAAACAGAUUGUUACGGGGAAAUUCCUAUGGAAACACAAUCUUACUGAUGAUCGUGUGUGUGUGUGUGUGUGUGUGUGUGUGUGUGUAUGGCGGAAAAAAAGAGCCCUGCCCCCCCUCAAGGUUGGAUUGAGCAUGCUCGGGCUCUUUUGGACGAAAAUCUUUAAGUGUGUAAAUUUUCUUUUAGUGUACACAAGGAAUUAAAAUAAUUUAAGAGAA